UCAAAGACACGUUAUCAUGUUGCUGCUUCACCCUGUCGUUGAUUUCUCCGGUGUAAACAUGCCUCAUCACAGCCUUCCUCUAAGAGAAGACUUUCUCCUGUGCUCCAUCUGUCAGGAUGUGUUCACAGAUCCUGUCACAACACCAUGUGGACACACCUUCUGUAAAUCCUGCAUCACUGACCACUGGGGUCCCAGAGUCCCAUGUCAGUGUCCAACCUGCAGAAAGGUUUUUACUUUAGCCCCGUACAUGGAGGUCAGCACUGUGGUCUCAGAGAUGGCUGCUCAGUUCAAACAGUCAGCUGCACAGAAAGUUGACUGCAACAACCCAGAGAACCAAGCCGCCAAACCAGGAGAGGUUCUCCAUGACAUCCUCAGAGGAACCAUGAUGAAGGCUGUGACGUCCUGUCUGGCCUGUCUGCUGUGUGUCUUCAUAGUCUGGAUGGUUCUAGGACCAAACACUCUUGGGUUGGUUUCUCUGGAAGAAGAAUAUGAAGGAAUGAAGCUGGAGAAACUGGAGGCUGAAGGCUUCAUCAGAGAGAUGCAACAGGCGAUCUCUGAGCUGAAGAAGAGAAGUUCUGAGAUAGAGCAGCUCUCUGUCACUCAGCAGGAGUUCAUCAGUAAAGAGAUACAGAAACAGAUGAAGAGGAGUCUCGCUGAAGCUGCGCUGAAGAGACUUCAACAGUACGCUGUGGGUCUGACUCUGGAUCCUGAUACAGCACAUCCCUAUCUCAUCCUGUCUGAUGAUGGAAAACAAGUUCAUCAUGGUGGUGUAAAGCAACGAGUCCAAAAAAUUCAUGGAUUCGACAAAACUGUCUGUGUGUUAUCACAGCAGAGUUUCUCUUCAGGCAGAUUUUAUUUUGAGGUUCAGGUUAAAGGGAAGACUUGCUGGACUUUAGGAGUGGCUGAAGAAUCGAUCAACAGGAAGGGAGUGAUCACAGUGUCUCCUCAGAACGGUUUCUGGACGAUUUGGUUGAGGAACGGAAACGAGUAUAAAGCUCGUAGUGACCCUCCAGUCCGUCUCUCUCUGCAGUCUGGUCCUGAGAAGGUGGGGGUGUUUGUGGAUUAUGAGGAGGGUCUGGUCUCCUUUUAUGACGUUGAUACUGCAGCUCUGAUCUACUCCUUCACCCGCUACUCCUUCACAGAGAAACUCUACCCAUACUUCGGUCCCUGCCGUAAUUAUCGUGGUAGAAACUCUGCCCCCCUGGUCAUCUCUCCUGUACGUCACACAGGUUAGAAAGAAUCAUUCAAAUGAGUUUCAUCAACAUUUAUCAAACACAUGCUGAGUUAUGUUCAUUUUUUGGCCUUUUCUAAAUAUUUUGGUGUAAAUCCAUCAUGGCUGACAGUAACAGGUUGUAGAGGGUUUUUAACAUUUGGCUGGACUUGUGUAUCAAAUUUUAAACCGAUCUGAUGGUGUGGGGGACACGGCCUUUCAAAAACAGCUUUAUCUCUCCUGAAUUCCAGUCCACUGAUCAUUUAUGGUUCCUGUGCUCUUAUUUUUGGUGUGAGUGUUCUCCUUUUGUAUCUCAGACUCAUUUUCAAAAGCUGUAAAAUAAAGGAGUGACUGUACACCAAAUAAAAUGACUGCAGACGUUUUCCUCCAUGUUUGUUUCUCUGGGAUAAAUUUGUUCAGUUUUAUUUCUCCAGAACGUAGCAGAGAUUAUUGAUGUUCAGUCUAGAUGUUUGUUCUGUGGGUACAAUCGUCUCACAGCACUUUAUUUUCUAUGACAGGAGCGUCCACACUUUUUUAACUCAGGGCCACAGACAGAAAAUAUCAGGACGCUCUGAUGUCUCUCAUUUAAGAGCAUUAAAGUUAGAAAAACAAUCCAGGAUAGGUCAGGAUAGAUGGUGAGUGAAUGUUUUUAAGAAGAUUCCUAUUAGGUCUAAAAAGGCAACCAGCCAAUCAUUGUUAAGGAUUUUUCAUUUGCCCCGCCCUCUUUGAUUACAGCUUCCUGUCAUUUGUGCAGAAAUCAUCAAAUAUUUCGGUUUUCUAUUUGUCAGUGUUGAACCAAAAAUCAAAUAACUUUCAUGUGUCAUUUUCUGAUGUCUGUUUCCUAACCUUAUGCUGAAUCAGUGGUUCCCAACCUGAGGUCUGGGCACCCACAGGGGGGCGCCAAAGAUUUCAGGAGACCAAGUUGUAGAAACAUAAAAAGAGAAAUAUUUCUAUGAAAAUCUUUGUUGACUUGUAUUUCUUACAUUUUUGCUUGAAACUCGUGGCCAUAGGUGGCUAAUUUAGCCCGUCUAUCUGAUUUUUUUUAAAAUGAAAAGCAAUUUUUAAGGCAUUUUUAUGCUCCAGAUAUUUUAAUUCUAUAUACAAGUUUGUGCUGAUUAUAUCUCAUCUAUUUUAUUUUUACCUGCUUGCAAAACAUUUUAAUUUAAUUGAAAUUUCUCCCUGAAUAAAUUUCUAAAUGAC